AUGGCUGAUGAUUUUACUGCGCUACAAGUUCUACAGCAGAUGUUUGCAAAUGUCGAGCAGGUUGACUCUGAAGAGGAGGCAGAGGAUGUGUCAGAAGAAGAAGACGCGGAAGAGCGCCAUGCAGAGAAUGUGUCAGAAGAAGAAGAAGAAGGCGAUGAAGAGCGCAACGCAGAGAAUGUGUCAGAAGAAGAAGAAAAAGGCGAUGAAGAGCGCCAUGCAGAGAAUGUGUCAGAAGAAGAAGAAGGCGGAGAAGACGGAGAAGAGCGCAACGCAGAACGCCGCGACCUGUCGGCGUCCGAAGAAGACAAAGCCGACAGUGAUCCUCACGAGGACCAAGUCCCAGAUACUUUCGUGUCAAAAAACGGCAAAAUCCAAUGGUCUUCGAUUCCGUGUGUGACUGCGCCGCGGCCGCCGCCGCAGCGUAAAAACACAGAGAGGCCCCCCGGACCCACAGCUUACGCCGUUUCCCACGCUCAUGACAUGGUCUCCACGUUUUUACUCUUUGUCACGCCACAAAUCGAAAGAGUGAUCUUGGACGAGACAAAUCGCGAAGGUUAUCUGAAACGCGGAGAGGAGUGGAAAUUCAUGGACGCCACUGACCUACGCGCCUACAUAGGGCUGCUAAUCCUGGCGGGGGUGUACAAGUCCCGAGGCGAAGCGGCCGCUAGUCUAUGGGAUGCGCAAAGCGGCAGAGUGAUUUUCCGUGCUACGAUGCCGCUCAAAGUCUUUUACACUUACUCGUCAACGCUACGAUUUGACGACCGUGGGACACGAGCGGCGAGACGCGCCACGGACAAGUUGGCGGCGAUACGAGAGGUCUGGGAUAUGUGGGUAGAGAGAUUACCCCGCUUCUACAACCCAGGGCCCGAAGUGACCGUGGAUGAACAACUGGUCGCGUUCAGAGGACGGUGUCCUUUCAGGCAGUACAUGCCGAGUAAACCGGCAAAGUAUGGGAUCAAGUUGUGGGUCGCGUGCGAUGCAAAAUCAAGCUACGCUUGGAAGAUGCAAGUGUACACCGGGAAGUUGAGCGACGGAGCCCCGGAGAGGAACCUGGGGAUGCGCGUCGUGCUCGAUAUGACAGAGGGCCUGAAGGAUCGCAAUGUCACGUGUGACAACUUAUUCACCUCUUAUGAACUCGGACGAGAGCUCAUGACGUCGAGAAACAUGACCAUGGUUGGCACGGUCCGAAAGAACAGGUCCGAGCUCCCGUCUGAGCUGCUAGCGACAAACAGGCGACGGGUGCUGUCGUCGCAGUUUGCCUUCACGCCCACCACCACUCUAGUUUCCUACCUCGCCAAGAAAAACAAGAACGUUUUACUCAUGAGCACACGCCACACAGACGCCGAAAUCAGCGACAGAGACGACGGGAAACCGACCAUCAUCCUAAAUUACAACAGCAACAAAGGUGGGGUUGACAAUCUGGACAAGGUCGUCACUUACUACAGCUGUAAAAGGAAGACUGCCUGCUGGCCCCUCGUCAUCUUCGACAAUAUGAUUGACGUCUCCACCUACAACGCCUUUGUGAUAUGGAGAGAGAUCAACCCCAACUGGAUGCCUGGCAAGCGCAACAAGAGGAGGUUUUUCCUCGAGCAGCUUGGCAGGGCACUCGUGAAUCCGCUGAUCAAAAGAAGACAACGUGUCCCCCACGCGGCAGCGGCGGCUGCCGUUGUGAGAGGUCUCCGGACGGCCAGCUGUCGCGGUGCGCCUCCUCAACGGCAACCUGAAGAGGCUGACGACGAGGACGACGAAGCCCCCGCAGCCGCAGCAGCCGCCUCAUCGGCAGGACCGUCCUCCUCACCACCGGUCACCUCUUGUGUCAGUAAGAGGAAGAGAUGUCAAGUCUGCCCGGUGAAGAAGGACAAUAAAACGACCACCGUUUGUCGUAGGUGUAAGAAGUAUGUCUGCAGAGCCUGUUCGCAUGUAUACUGCCCCACAUGCCCUCCCUGA